AUGGAUAUUUGUAUCCAAAACGGAUUCUUGCUCUUACUGAUUCUCUCCUGCGACCACCUCCUCUUCGUCCACAAUGAUUGGGAUUGGCGCGAAGCUUGGCUACGUCGAUAUGGCGGAGACCUGCAAGUUAACCUGGGGUAUGGGUACCCGUACGGGUACCAGAGCCAAGUUAACCUGGGGUAUGGGUACCCGUACGGGUACGAGAGCCAAGUUAACCUGGGGUAUGGGUACCCGUACGGGUACCAGAGCCAAGUUAACCUGGGGUAUGGGUACCCGUACGGGUACCAGAGCCAAGUUAACCUGGGGUAUGGGUACCCGUACGGGUACCAGAGCCAAGUUAACCUGGGGUAUGGGUACCCGUACGGGUACCAGAGCCAAGUUAACCUGGGGUAUGGGUAUCCGUACGGGUACCAGAGCCAAGUUAACCUGGGGUAUGGGUACCCGUACGGGUACCAGAGCCAAGUUAACCUGGGGUAUGGGUACCCGUACGGGUACGAGAGCCAAGUUAACCUGGGGUAUGGGUACCCGUACGGGUACCAGAGCCAAGUUAACCUGGGGUAUGGGUACCCGUACGGGUACCAGAGCCAAGUUAACCUGGGGUAUGGGUACCCGUACGGGUACCAGAGCCAAGUUAACCUGGGGUAUGGGUACCCGUACGGGUACCAGAGCCAAGUUAACCUGGGGUAUGCAUACCCGUACGGGUACGAGAGCCAAGUUAACCUGGGGUAUGCAUACCCGUACGGGUACGAGAGCCAAGUUAACCUGGGGUAUGCAUACCCGUAUGGGUACAAGAGCCAGGUAGUGGAGAUACGUAACUCCGUCUCUCAAGCGUAA